AUGUCAAUCGAAAUCGACUGGCUCUCACUCACACCCUCGAUAGCCGAGAAGCUGACCGAAAGGCUCAAUGGGCUCCUGGCCAAUCUAGCGACGCCAGAGUUCCUUGGUCCGAUCAGGAUCCAAUCGAUCGAUUUUGGCGACAUCGCGCCGGAGGUAGAGAUCAUCGAUAUCCGGGACGUCAGUCGGGGGUUCCGGAUAGCCGAUGGUGAGAGCCAUCUGUCCGGCUCGCCAGAGUGCUCCUCGGCGCCAACGAUCAAGCCGGACGACGACGGACAUUCCCAGCCCUCGUUGCAAAUCCACCUGCGGCUGAGCUACGACGGCAACCUCCGCCUCCGCUUCUCCACCGCCCUCGUCCUCAACCAUCCGGCGGCCGAGUUUAUGAGUCUGCCACUGCGGGCGACUCUCGUCGGCGUCGGGUUUGAUGCCGAGAUCAUCCUGGCUAUCGAGGGCGACCGCUCCAAGUUCCAUCUUAGCAUCCUCGAACCACCCCACUCCGAUCUCCCUCUCUACGACGAUAGCGCUGAGAACGGGGUCAAGCGCAACUCUAUCGGCGCCCGCAUCCUCCCCCAUCUCUUUGUCGAGACUGAAGUCGGAAAUGCCGAUCGUCACGUCUUGAGGAACGUCGGGAAGGUCGAAAGGUUCCUCACUGAAACCGCUCGGACCUUGAUCUGCGAGGAAUUCCUCUACCCGACCUUCCAGACGUUUGAAUGGGAUUGA